AUGUCACAAGGUCUUCUUUAUGGUAACUUUCGCAUCAGAACCUGGGUUCCCCAGGCUCUCGUCAAACAACUCAAGCUUGACGUCAAAGUCGUUGCUCCAGAUGACCAGCCAGAGGAGUUUGCUCGCGAUUUCCCGCUCAAACUGGUUCCUGGCAUGGUUCUGCCCAGUGGUGAGAAAUUGACCGAGGCCAUCGCAGUCAUGUACUAUUUGCUGGAUCUAGCCUCUGACAAGGAGGCCAAGGCCCAAUUGGCCGGCUCAAACGUCCAGGAAAGAGCACAGAUCUUGAGAUGGAUGUCCAUCACCAAUUUUGAUCUGCUAGUCUCGUUUGUCAUCAUCGUGAAGCCUUUGAAGGGGCUUGCUCCUUACGUCAAGCCCCAGGCUGACGCGUUUUCUGCCAAGAUUGAGGCCGUUGCUGCCCUGUACGAGGAAAGACUCUCUACGCACACGUACUUGGCCACUGAAAACAUCUCUCUAGCGGACCUUUUCGCCACUUGUGUGUAUGGCAGAUGUUUUGAGAAUAUUUUUGGUACCGAAUGGCGUGCAGCUCACCCAGCCACUAUGCGUUGGUACAACACUGUCAAAGAGAGCGCCUAUUUGAAAGAAUUCUUCGCAGAGCUCAAGACGUGUGACAAGCCCUUGCCACUGCCCCAAACUAACAAGAAGAAGGAAGCUAAAAAGGAAUCGAAAAAGGACGUCCCAGCUACGGUCAAAGCUCCGGCUGCUAAGGCUCAGGCCGCUCCAGAACCACCAGCCGAGCCCAAGAAGCCCAAACAUCCCUUAGAGACGCUGGGCAAGUCCACGUUUUCCUUGGACGAGUGGAAACGGAAGUAUUCCAAUGAAGACACUAGAACCGGUGCUCUGCCCUGGUUUUGGGAAAACUACAAUCCAGAAGAGUACUCUAUUUGGAAAGUGGACUUCAAAUACAACGACGAGUUGACUUUGACCUUCAUGUCCAAUAAUCUGGUGGGCGGGUUUUUCAACAGACUCAGUGGCUCUGUCAAGUACAUGUUUGGUUGUCUAGUGGUCUACGGUGAAAACAACGACAACGGUAUUACCGGUGCCGUCAUGGUGAGAGGCCAGGAUUUCGUCCCAGCUUUCGAUGUCGCUCCUGACUGGGAAUCGUACUCUUAUGCGAAACUGGACGUGUCCAAGCCAGAAGACAAGGACUUCAUUGGUAACAUGUGGGCUUGGGACAAGCCUGUUGUCGUUGACGACAAGGAAAGAGAAAUUGCCGACGGUAAAGUUCUCAAAUAA